GGCAAAAUCAGGGGCAGCUGGAUUCAAGCAAGACAAAAGGGAGACAUCCAUGCUAAAGAGCAGCCAUUCCCUCUCAGAAUCAGAGGACAGGAGGAAGGAGAAGUGGGUGCCACCCUGCCCUACCAGGCACCAUGCCUGAAAACCUCCACCCAGAGAGUGAGAUGAAGGGGGAUGUCUCGAUCCAGGACAGUGUGUUCCUCUCUGAAAGUGACAACAGUCUAUAUUUCACAUACAGUGGCCAGUCCAACACCCUGGAGAUCAGAGACCUCACCUACCAGGUUGACAAGGCUUUCCAGGUGCCUUGGUAUGAAAAACUUGCCGAAUUCAAAAUGCCUUGUAUGUGGAAGCGAGGCCAGGAUGUGCCUGUGCCCGUGAUCCAGAAUCUGAAUCUGAAAGUGAAGAGCGGCCAGAUGUUGGCCAUCAUUGGGAGCUCAGGCUAUGGAAAGUCCUCCCUGCUAGAUGUGAUUACCUGCAGAGAAAAUGGAGGGAAAACCAAGGCGGGCCAAGUUCUCAUUAAUGGUCAGCCCAGCACGCCGCAGCUGGUGAAGAAGUGCAUCGCCCACGUGAGGCAGCAUGACCAGCUUCUCCCCAACUUGACCGUCUGGGAGACUUUACUAUUUGUUGCCCAGCUGCGCCUGUCGAGAACCUCCUCGGACGCCCAGCGCAAAAAGAGGGUAGAAGAUGUGAUAGCUGAGCUGCGGCUGCGCCAGUGUGCCCACACGCGAGUAGGGAAUGAGUACCUGCGGGGAGUGUCGGGUGGCGAGAGAAGGCGAGUCAGCAUCGGCGUGCAGCUACUAUGGAAUCCUGGUGAGGGCGGGUCUGUCGUUUGUGUGGCCGCGUGUGUGCUCGAUUUGACCAGCAUUGACAGACAAGACAGACAGCGAGAGACGGCUACCAAAGAGAAGGUCCGGUCCCUCGCUGCCUUGUUUCUGGAAAAAGUUCGAGGCUUUGAUGACUUCUUGUGGAGAGCCACCGAGGAGGAAAGUAUGUUGACUGUGUCUGUGGAGCCGAGGUCUCAUGUCAUUUCAGAACAGAUCAUUAAUGUACCAUCACCUUCUGACCAAGAGCUACCAGGGACCAUUCAGCAGUUCACCACUCUAAUUCGCCGACAGAUUUCCAAUGACUUCAGGGACCUGCCGAUGCUGCUGACCCAAGGUUUGGAGGCCUUCGUGAUGGCCAUGGUCAUCGGAUUUCUGUUUUACGGCCACGGGGGAAUCCGCCGCUCCUUCAUGGACACAGCUGCUCUCCUCUUCGUCACGGGGGCCCUGAUUCCCUUCCCAGUGAUUCUACACAUCAUUGCAAAAUGUCAUUCUGAGAGGGCAAUGCUUUAUUAUGAACUGGAAGAUGGGAUGUAUUCUGCUGGCCCAUAUUUCUUUGCUAAGAUUUUAGGAGAACUUCCAGAGCACUGUGCCUACGUGGUCAUUUAUGGGAUUCCAAUCUAUUGGCUAGCGAACCUCCGGCCGGAGCCAGAACAUUUCAUCCUGAGUUUCUUGAUGUUCUGGCUUGUGGUCUACUGUGGUCGGACAAUGGCGCUGUGGAGUGCAGCCUUGCUUCCGAAUCUCCACACAUCUUCCUUUUUGGUCUCUGCUCUGUAUAAUUCAUUUUACCUAUCAGGGGGCUUCAUGAUAAGCUUAGACAACCUAUGGACAGUACCGGGUUGGAUCUCCAAAGUGUCCUUUCUCCGAUGGUGUUUUGAAGGAUUAAUGCAAAUUCAGUUUAAUGGACUCAUUUACAAGGAACCUUUUGGAAACAUCACCAUCCCAAUACCAGGAAAACUUAUAGUUGAUGGUAUGGAUCUGAAUUCACACCCGCUGUAUGCCAGCUAUGUUAUAAUUAUUGGCAUCAGUAUCAGCUUCAUUGCCUUGUACUAUUUGUCUCUACGGUUUAUCAAGCAGAAAUCAAGCCUAGAUUUGUGAGAAAAGAUUUAAAUACCUGGAAUGUGCUGCAGGUGCUUGUGUGGACUUGAGAUACAGCACCAAUUCCACUGCUCUCCUGAUCCGUAUCUUCCUGAAGACUCCUACUGGAUGAAGAGCGAUCCAGAGGCUCACCAGCCCCAAAACACUGUUCUUCCUCCUCAUCUGGUCCAUAAGGAUGAUGCAGUGGUACUGGUGAGCCACAGGAUGGCAGCAGAAUAAAGACAGUUGAAAGUCAAUUUCAAAUCUUCGGACUGAUCUGUUAUUGGAGCACCAAUGUGCCUAUUUGGUGGUGCUUCCAAAAUGACUGUUUUAUUUUCCUCUGAGCCCAUGUAUUUAUAGAGGUACAAGAUGUGGAUGAAUUCUAUCUGGCUAGGUUCCUAUUAUUUUGAAACAUGAGAUGGGCCAAGUGAAAACCUAGAAAAAUAAUAUUAUGCAUAAUCAUGAGAAAUAAUCUCAUGAAAUAUAUCACUGAAA